AAAAUACAGUAGUUGCAUUUACAGUUCAAUAUAGCUACAAAAAAAGCUUGAAAAUGCAGGUGCACAUGAGCAUUAUUGCACAACUAAUGAAAGGAAAAUGGUUUGUACGAUUGUGGUGUGAUAACUGACAUUAACUACGGGAGUAAUUAUGCCCCCCUUAACGGCCUUUGAGCUGCUCCCACACAGGUUUCACUCGGCGCCUGCUGAGUUGUCUUUGUUGCUUUGGUAGUAUUGGCUGUUAAAAGCUGGGUUUAGACGGUCUAACUCAUAUAUUUGCUUUGGAGACUACAGGUCGUUGAAACUUUUUUUUUUAAGAACCACAUUUUUAGUAUCUCAUGAUAUUCUACAUUAUAAAUGGACCCAAACAAGCAGAGCUUUCUUAGCAGGUGUUAUGGAUUAAAUUUUAUCUCCCCCAAAAUGUGUAUCAACUUGGCUAGGCCAUGAUUCCCAGUACUUUGUGGUUGCCCACCAUUUGGUGAUCUAAUGUGGUUAUCCUAUGUGUUGUAAAGCCUAAUCUCUAUGAUGUUAAUGAGGCAGGACUCAAUCUACAGCAGUAGUUUGUAUUUUGAGUCAGUCUUUUUUGAGAUAUAAGAGAGAAGCCAGCAGAGAAGAAAGAGACCUAAUAUCACCAAGAAAGAAGCACCUGGAGUGCAGCGUGUCCUUUGGAGCCGGGGUCCCUGCACUGAGAAGCUCCUAGACUGAAGGAUGAUUUUUUUUUGAAAGUGAAAGAAGAGGCUUUAUUUUGUGGGCCAAACAAAGAAGCACACUGGGACUUGGGCUGCCAAGAUGGCUCCCUGAACAAUGGCCGAAAUAGUAUUAAGGGAACGGUCCUGGGGAACAGAGCAAGGUCAUUGUUUGGUCUAGCCUGAAAAAGACGUUCCUGGGGCGGUUCCGUUGUCUGCUCAGUAAAAAAGGGAGUCUCUCAAACUGGAUCUUAGGCUUGGACCCUUCUCUCCUGAAAGUCCCCAAUGUUGGUCUGCUAAAGUUUGGUUCCGCUGGUGGGAGAAAAGUUCCAGGGUCACUUGGAAGGACGGGGUUGAUGUUUCUGUGCAUGUCAGGUGGGCCAGAUUAGGUCAGGGGAAGAUUUUGACAACAAGGACCUUCCUCCAGAACCAACAGAGAGAGAGCCUUCUCUAAGAGCUGGCCCCCUGAAUUCAGACUUUCUACAUUUCUGUUGGUUGAAGCCACCGCCACCCACUUGUGGUAUUUCUGUUAUAGCAGCACUAGAUGACUAAGACAGAAGGGCUAUGAAAUCUGUGGUAGGAAUGAAAGAGUGAAUGGCAAUGAAUUGUAUGUAUUCAGAAAUCUGUUAAAAUUCUUGUGCUAAGAUAGCUACAGAGAUGUUUCAGCAUGUAUGAAGAUGUGAUUUGGAAAGCUAAUUAGGUUUGGGUUUAUGACAAGAUCAGAACAAAGGGGAAAAGGUCACUGGAGAUGAAGAAGUGAAGGUAAGAGAACCUGUGACAUUGAUGCUGGCCACGUGGAUAUUGAAAUCCCUUGGUUAUGGCCGGAAUUGAGGUGUAGAAGACGACUUCAUCAAGUAAGGGGAAUCGCUGGAGGUUGGUGGGUAACAGUGAUAAGGCAGAGUAGAGGGUGUAUAAUUGGAUGGCAUGUGCCUCAAAGGAACAGGGUUUUGUUUUUGUUUUUGGUUGUUUGUUUUAUUCCUUUUUAGAGAGUAGGGAAAUGAUGGUCUGGAAGUUGUAGUGGGAAGCAAGAGCUACUUCUUCCCCCUGUUCCAGACCCCGAGAAUUCAGGAAGAAUAGUGUAGUAGUGCAGUGAAUUCCCUCGAGUAUGGUCCUUAACUAGCAACAUCCACAUCACCUGGAAGUGUGUUAGAAAUGCAAAUUCUCAGGCCCCAUCCCAGACCUACACAAUCAGAAACUCUGGGAUCUGUGUUUCAACGAGCCCUCCAGGUGUCAGAUGCACUCAAACGUUUGAAAACCACUGCAGAAGGGUUAGAUGAUUAGAGUGAGAAGAGGGAUGUAUUCAGCACUGACCCACAAGAAUAGGGACGGGAGGUUUCCAACCCGGUAGUCUUUGGAGGCAGACAAAGCCCUGGGCUCAGUGGACAUGGGUCUUGGCUCUAGUGAUGUCGGGUGGUGACAGGUUUUUAAUCAUAGCCUCAGGGCACAUGUUAGAGUUUUGGUCUCUGCUUGGUCCAAGGAGUUGCUAUUAGUUCCAGCAGCCAUUACAAGGAAGAGUUAAUUUUAGUUGUGUUUGGUAGUGUUUUUUUUAAAACAUGAUUUGCUGUAUAAAUUUAAAUUUAUUUUUAAACAUUUCAUAAACAUUCCCCAUUAUAAAAAUGUGUUGCUGUUGUAAGAGAUGUUGUUGUUGUUAGCUGUUGCCAAGUCAGUCCCUGACUCAAUAUGACCCCAUGUACAAUGGGAUCAAACUAUUGUGAUCCCGUAGGGUUUUUAUUGGCUGAUUUUUGGAAAGUAAGUUGCUAGGCCUUUCUUCCUAGUCUGUCUUAGUCUGCAAGCUCCUCUGAAGUCUGUUCAGCAUCACAGUAACAUGCGAGCUUCCAUUUACAGAUGAUGGCUGUACAUGAGGAGUGUCGGCUGAAAAUUGAACCUGGGUCUCCCACUAGAAGGCAAGAAUUCCACCACUGAACUUCCACUGCCGCCCAUUACAAGAAAGAGUUGCUGGAAAUUCAGAAAGUGUUUUUCCUUUGAAGUUAAGAAUUCUUUAAAAACAUGCUGUAAUAGAUUAAAUGAUAGCUCAGAGAGGUUUAUGCUGAUUAGAAAACAAAAACAAAAACCCAUUGUCAUCUAGUGAAACUAAGGAGAGGAGACAUUUUAUUGAAACGACUAUUCAGCUGUUGGAAGAGCCAAAAGGAGAGGUUUAACUAUAGGAUGUGUGAUAAGGGUUUGUUGAGGUGAAAUGAGGAGCUGUGGUGAAGAUGCCUUGGAACUGCGGCACCCUCAUAUUUAAUAGCUGUGAUGCUUGCUUCAGUUCAGCAUUUGGCCACAGACCUGCAAUUUAGAAUGCAGCUGGCCUUGUGCAGGCCUGUUAAGGGGAGAGGAGAAGAAACUCUAGAAGCUAUGGCAGAAUUGGGGGCAGGCUAGGAUCAUGAAAGAGCUGUGAAAUGGGAAUGAGGGGAUUUCUGUGCCAGUUCUGAUUGAUUCAAUAGAAACUUGAUUCUUGAAUUACUUCAACAAAUACUCACCUGCCUCAUUUGUGCCAAGACACAUUUUACAAGCGAGGGAGUUGAAUCUCAGAUGUUUAGGGACUGUCCCCAAAUCAAAGUUAUUGGAGAAAUCAGGUCCUGAAACCGUACAAGGCUGCCUCCCAUCUGUGUAUGGUGGCUUGGUUUUGGGUGGCCCUAUAAGGGGUCUCCUGUUGCUCUCACCAUUCCUCGAGAAACAACAAAAGAAAAAAAAGCUUUCUAAAUAUAUGUCUGGUGAAUUUGUAUGGUGGUGGAUGGUGGAUCAUCUUAAACCCUAUGGACAGAUGAUUUGUUGUCAUUUAACAUUUUAGCAAGUGCUGACUUCUGUGGUGCAAUGGUUAAGCGCUUGGCUGCUAACCAAAAGGUCAGCAGUUUGAACCCACCAGCAGCUCCAUCGGAGAAAGAGGUGAUAAUCUGCUCCUGUCAGGAUUACUACCUAGGAAACCGUAUGAGGCGGUUCUACUCCAUCCUGUAGGGUCACUAUGAGUCAGAAUAGACUCGACAGCACACUACUUAAGUGGGCUACUACUUAUCUGUCCUACACUGAUGACUGGUGUGUUGCUCUGAUGUUGGAAACUAUGCCACUGGUGACAUCUACUUCUGGUAAUUAGCCAAUGAAAACCCUAUGGAUCACAACAGAAUAUGGUGCAAUGUAGUGCUAGAAGAUGGCACAGGACUGGGCAGUGUUUCGUUCUGUUAUGCAGAAGGUUGCCAUGAAUUGGAGUCAACCCACCAGCAACUAACAACUUUAGUGGGAUGGAUCGGAUACUUGAGGAAAUGAGGGAAAUGGUGCUUGGUUGGAAGACACCUAAGACCCUUGUCAGCUGUGUUUUUUGGCCCUGAUGGUUGCUGACUCCUCUUCAGAACUUUUCAAGUUUAAUUUGCAUGUAAAGGCUUACAUUUCCGUGAAGAAAAACAAAGCAAACUUAUAAACAAUUUUAAAAGAUUGCUGCCUAGCUCUAGAUAUUGCCUGUACUAAAUUAGUCUGGGUUACUAAUCAGAGCUCUAAUGAAUUGUGUGAGCUGCUAAUCUUAGAUUGCUGAAUGAGUGGUCCUAAAAUUGGAUGGAUUUUAGUUCCCAGAAGAGGGAUUUGCAGAAAAGGGGUGCUGGAAAGUAGAGAAUAAUCAGAAUUUGGUUGUAUAAUCUCUCUGUAUUUCCCUUUCUCAGAUGAUAUCCCCCAACUCACUGCUCUUACAGCUAAACGCUUUCUCUUUUCCCUCUCCGCCCCUCCCAAUCUGCCUUCAGGUCCUUCCCUUCCUUUCCCCUCCCGUCCUACCCCCAGCCCUCUGCUUCCUUCUCCAGUGAGACAGUCCUUGCUGCUGCUGCUGCUGCCGCCGCUGCUUUACCACUGCACUGCUGUUGGAGGAAUUACUCCUGGGGUGAGACAAAGCAUGGAGGACACAAGAAUGGAAAGAAAGGAGGACUCUCUGGAAGUUCAUUUUUCACUUGGUUUAUGGUCAUCGCCUUGCUGGGUGUCUGGACAUCAGUAGCUGUCGUGUGGUUUGAUCUUGUUGAUUAUGAGGAAGUUCUAGCCAAAGCAAAGGACUUCCGUUAUAACUUAUCAGAGGUACUUCAAGGAAAACUAGGAGUCUAUGAUGCUGACGGGGAUGGCGAUUUUGAUAUGGAUGAUGCCAAGGUUUUAUUAGAAGAAAAAAGCUUAACUUUGUGCAUACGAAAUGCAGGACUUAAGGAAAGCUCCUCCUCAGAGCCAGCAGUGCCGUGGGAAGAGCUGGAGCCACGGGGCGCACCCAGGGAGCAGGCACCCUCUGGGGCAGAACCGCAGGAUAUCGAAGAAGACGUAAAAGAACAAAUUCAGUCCCUUUUCCAUGAAACACUACACACAGAACAUGGGGAAGACCUGCUUCGAGAAGAGGAUGAGCCAGCAAGAGAUCCGCAGCUGAAAGAUGAAGACUUCCUUACAGGAAGUCACGUAGAUGAUAAAAUUGAGAGCCUGGAAACUGAAACAUUUCAUGAAGAAACCGAGGACAGUUACCAAGUAGAAGAGACAGCUCCACAGGACUAUAGUCAGGAUGUGGAAGAGAUAAUAUAUGAACAGGAAAACCCAGAUUCCAGUGAACCAGUAGCAGAUGAGGAAAGACUACACCAUGUUGCAGAUGAUGUAACAUACCAGGUUUUUGAUGAACAAGUAUAUGAACCACUGGAAAAUGAAAGAAUAGAAAUUUCAGAUAAUGCUGUGGAAGAUUCAAACAUAAUUUCAGAAGAAGUAACUGCUCCCCCUGCCGAAGAGCAACAGGAAGUACCACCAGAAACAAAUAGAAAGGCAGAUGAUCCAGAACAAAAAGAAAAAGUUAAGAAAAAGAAGCCUAAACUUUUAAAUAAAUUUGAUAAGACUAUUAAAGCUGAACUCGAUGCUGCAGAAAAACUUCGUAAAAGGGGAAAAAUCGAGGAAGCGGUGAAUGCAUUUGAAGAACUAGUGCGCAAGUACCCACAUAGUCCACGUGCGAGAUACGGGAAGGCGCAGAGUGAAGACGAUUUAGCUGAGAAGAGGAGAAGCAAUGAGGUGCUUCGGGGGGCCAUCGAGACCUACCAGCAGGUGGCCAGUUUGCCCGAUGUCCCAGCAGACCUGGUGAAGCUAAGUCUGAAGCGGCGGUCAGAAAGACAACAAUUUCUAGGUCACAUGAGGGGGUCCCUGAUGACCCUGAAGAGAUUGGUUCAGCUCUUCCCCAAUGAUACUUCCUUAAAGAAUGACCUUGGCGUGGGAUACCUCUUGAUAGGAGAUAAUGACAAUGCCAAGAAGGUUUAUGAAGAGGUUCUGAACGUGACACCCAAUGAUGGCUUCGCUAAAGUGCAUUAUGGCUUCAUCCUGAAGGCACAGAACAAGAUUGCGGAGAGCAUUCCUUACUUAAAGGAAGGGAUAGAAUCUGGCCAACCCGGCACUGACGAUGGACGAUUUUAUUUCCACCUGGGAGAUGCCAUGCAGAGGGUUGGGGACAAAGAGGCAUAUAAGUGGUACGAGCUUGGGCACAAGAGAGGACACUUUGCAUCUGUUUGGCAGCGAUCCCUCUACAACGUGAAAGGACUCAAAGCUCAGCCGUGGUGGACCACGAAGGAAACGGGCUACACAGAAUUGGUGAAGUCCCUAGAAAGAAACUGGAAGUUGAUUCGCGACGAAGGCCUCGCAGUGAUGGACACAGCCAGAGGCCUCUUCCUGCCCGAGGACGAAAACCUGAGGGAGAAGGGUGACUGGAGCCAGUUCACACUCUGGCAGCAAGGAAGAAAAAAUGAAAAUGCUUGUAAAGGAGCUCCAAAAACCUGUGCUUUACUGGAAAAAUUCCCCGAGACAACAGGAUGCAGGAGAGGCCAGAUCAAAUAUUCUGUCAUGCACCCGGGGACGCACGUGUGGCCACACACAGGGCCCACAAAUUGCAGGCUUCGAAUGCACCUGGGCUUGGUGAUCCCCAAGGAAGGCUGCAAGAUCCGAUGCGCCGGCGAGACCAAGACAUGGGAAGAAGGCAAGGUGCUCAUCUUUGAUGACUCCUUUGAGCAUGAGGUGUGGCAGGAUGCCUCGUCUUUUCGGCUGAUCUUCAUUGUGGAUGUGUGGCACCCAGAGCUGACACCCCAGCAGAGGCACAGCCUUCCUGCAAUUUAGCCCGUGUUGCAGGCCCAGGACUCGCUGGAGAAAGGCUGUCUUUCUGGUUUUGUCUCCUUGGGUACAGGGAGAGAAGUUCAAACACCAAGGCUCUAAGUUCUCUUCACUCGCAGCCUGAAAAAUACCAAGCCUCUUCCUAGGGUUAGAAGACACUAAAUGGAUCGUCGCCUAGCUCCAAUUCAUAUAGGAAGGGUCCUGCUGUAUUUCAUCUCCUGACAGCACAAGUGUGAUGCCCAUAUUUAAGAUGAAUACGUGAUAGCGUCUACCUUGCCAGCCAAAGACCUUUCUUUCACUUAGAAGAGGUCUAAAUUGGUAUACAAUGAGAAUAUAUGUAGAAACUGUGAAUGGAGAGCUGUACUUUUUUCAUUUUUCUAUGCAAUUAUAUUUUUGUAGGAUAGCUAGACUAUUUUGUCGUUAGGCACCACUACUUUUUUAUUGUUGAUUUUAACGGCAAGCUGUGGACAGGUUUUACUUCUAGCUGUUUAAUGGUAACCUCCCUGGUAAAUACAGACUUUCCUCUUUUAAUUCUUUUUAGUAAAAGACACUCAAGUGAAAGAAGCAGUUUUAAUUUCCUAAUACGAAGGGCAAUGGUGUCAUUACGUGAAUGUCUAUGAACUGUACCGAUCUCUCCCCCUUGAGUCUGUUUUGCUUUGUUGUCUUCACUGAGAGUGAGUGUCUUAAUUAACUUCUCCCCUCACUGUGCUAUUGGCAAAUAGAGUGUCAAAGCUCUGAGAGGAAUUUUUACACCAAAAAAGGACAUGACUUCAUUUUAUAUUAAACUAGAAAAAUGCCACGUGUUUUUUUUUUUUUUUUUUUUUUGAUACCAAGUAUUAGGGCUAGGAGAAAAGUAACAUUUCUCAGAGUGAAAAUUUUCUCUGAGGAUCAGGUAGAUAAGAGGGUGCCAGGGCACCUGGCUUCUGGCAUAUUUGCCAUUUAUCAGACCCUGAAUCCAGAGUGUCACUACCUACCAUAGAUGCAUGUGGGUGACAAAAAAAAAGUCCCUUUGGUCCUUCAGAGCACCCCCAUCACAACUCUGUAGUAUUAAGGAUAGUGUAGGAUCUGUCUUGUGUGUCUGAUAUAGAGAUUGCUUUCCUCUUUGGAAGAGUUUGAAAGACUCUUCCAUCUCCCUGGCUUGAGAAACUUCUGCCAUUGAAACAUCAAGUGACACUUUGAAAUAGCAAUUCUUAUCCAUAGUUUAGUUUUAAUAUUACCCACAACAUAGAAAUAACAGUUGAAAAAUGGUCUCGCCUACUCAUUCCAAAGAUGAUCAAAGUCAUUAAUUUAGUAAAGUAUAAUGCAUUAAAUUUUGUAUUUGUUUAAAGGAGAGCUAACUAGAAAUGUUAGCCUUAAGAAUGUGAUGAUAUUCAUGCACUGAACUCUUAGCCAGUAUGAACAAAAAUGCUGAAGAAGUGACGCACAGAUGACCAGAUUCCAUUCACAAGUAGAGAACACAUUGUGCUUUCUUUUCCAAACAAGGACAAAGAGGAGGCUUUCUUUCUCUCAUUUAAAAAAUAAUAACAUUGAAAUUGACCAUUUUUGCUUUGCUCGACCUUAAGGACAUUAGCUUCCAGUAGAAGAGUUUGUAAAAUAUCUGUCUUGUUCCCUUCUGUUUUGCCAAUGUUAAAAAAAAAAAAAAUCCCACUAAAGUAGAUGAAGAGGCGUGGGAAGAAAAAUACCAAAAUGAAUCACCAAAGUCCCGAAGAAAAAGCAAACUCUUGAAAAAUAAAAAGGUAUUUGUGUCCUUGAGUAUUUAUUGAACAGAGGAAAUGACUGGACAAAGGACGAUACAAGCCAAUGCUCCGGUUGUAACAUUCGUGUCAGUUACUGAGUUUGGUUCCUGUGUGUAUGUUGCAUACACAGAAGGAAAAUGCACGCCAUAAGUUUUCAUUGUUGAGCCAUCAUCUUACAUUCAUUUAUGGAAAUUAUGGAAUAGAGUAAAAACUAGCUCUUAUUAGUAAGUAUAGUAUGGUGUUUAAAAUUGGAUCACUACAGUAGGACUCUAAAUAUUGCCAGUUGAGAAGCCAGAAUUAUUACCACUGUUGCAAGGUGUUAGCAAUAAUUAACUCCAAUAAUAUUUUAAAUACUUGGACCCCACAACUGUUGUAUAAAAACAAGUAAUAAAAUGGAUUUUCUAAUUCACUGUAAUUCAUAAUCUUUCUUCCCUAAGUCAUGGUAUAUAAGAAAAGUAUUUUAGUUGUUGCAUUGGUAGAAUUACUUCAGUAUUAUUUUGUGAUUUGAAAUGUCUACACAAGAUGACUUAGUUCCAUUUGUACUGUGAUGCAAUUGGUCAAGAAGUAUUUUUAAUUUCACUUCAGUUGUAUUUCUUCAAGACUGUAUUGCCUAUUGGAAAAUAAAAAUUACUUCUGUUAUUAUUGUCUAGCAGUAGGAAAAAAAUUAAACAUCAGCUUUGUUGAGAAAGAGAUUAAAUAAACGGCUAAGAUAAGUAAUAAUA